GUGACGCUGUCCCCAUGAAAGUGUCGGCUUAAGGCAGUGCGGUGGUGGUGAGUAUGGCGUAUCGUUAGCCGCAGCUAUCUUCUCUCAGUGGAGAUAGCCUUCACCUCUCCCUUCUCCUCGCCCUCCUCUCCCUUGCGGCGGAAAGCAGCAUCUUAUGUUGUCGUAGUAGUAGGAUCCGGUUUGCAGGUACCGAGCCUUCCCCUCGCCUUCCUCCACGGAAAUUGAUGGAUGAACAACCUGAUUGUCUCCCGAUUCACAGAUGUGUUAUGUUUAGAUACCCCGUUUUGGGGACGAAAGCAGAGGAUUAUAGAGUGAUUUUCUACAUUUUGCGAACGGGAACCUGCAAUAGUCUAUACUCUGAUCAACUACAAGUUAAGUGCAAGUGCAGAUUAUUCGAUAGUGAUCAAGUUCGGCGGCAUUUAGGGAACUUACAAUUAUCUAUACUCUGAUCAACUUAAGCCUCAAGAGGGAUCUUCUAGGCAUUGAUUUGCAAUCCUAAAAAGAUUCACCUUCUGCGAUAUAAUUCCUAUCGGUCCUCAUAUUGGCCAAAUGAGGCCUUAAGCACAGGACAAAGGAACCAGCAAAUAGUAAGUGUCACUUGUGCUGCUUUCAAAUGAGACUCUCAUGCAUAUGUAAGGAAAUUUUGACUAGUGAUGGUGUUAAGCUGAACAAGAAAAGGAAGCUACAAUAUGCUCUUGAGAAUCUGGUUUCGCCAUUGUCUAAACACAAGUUCGGAUAUCGAUUUAGAAGCAUUGGUCAUACUAUUGCAGCAGAGACAGAGGAUGUGCAAAACAUUGACAGAGAAAUGGUUGCUGGAGGACUCAAGGAUGGAUCAGAGGAAUUAGGAGAUUCUUGCAACGACAGUAACAGCAUAAGUGAAGGUUAUGAUACUACCAUGACACUCGACCUCGAUGAUGAAGCUGAGAAGUCAUCUGGGAAAAUUGGUUCGCCUUCUGUCUCUUCUAACAAUUUCAACCUUGAUUCUUUCGACACUAAAAAAGUUAAGGAAUCAGGCAACAAAGGAAAUGACAGCUUAGAGGAUAUUCAACUACUUGAGUCGGCAUAUAAAGGCAUAGACGAUCUACAUCCUGGAUAUGAGGAUUAUGACCAUAACAUUGUUUCAGAACUAGGCAAGAACAACUUGGAGCAUUUAGAUGCAGAAAUCGAAGAUCUAAUGCUCUACUCAAAUGAUGUGGCGCCACAUGCAUUAUUGGUUUCGCCUGAAAGGUGGAGCAGCGGCAGAGAAAAAAAACACUGCCUUGCAGAUGCUCGAUUGGGCGCCAGGAAACCAACCAUUGACAAAGAGUUUGAGCAAUAUUUUUCCAUGUUGAUGCUUUAGCAAGGAAAAACGAGAAACUUCUUCUGUUUAUCAAUAAGUAAUUAUGAUGUUGUAACUUGAACAAGAUUGCAACCAUCAUGUUGUUGUGAAUAUAUUCUAGUUAUAAUGAUGUGGGCAAAAUCUUCUGCUGCCAAGAGAGUAUUGAGUAUCAUCCUCGAACAAGAACAAUGUGUCCAGUAUCCCUGAAAUUGCUUGUUGCAGCAGGCAGCUCUAGGUUCUCUUGUUGUAUAACUUGUUUGUGAUGCAGACAAAGCAAGGUGGAAUAAUCAAAACUUGGAAUUUAUUUUCCUUUCA